CGGCGAUCCCCGCCCUCGAUUUCUUUUCCCUCCCGGCGAAGCCGCCUGCUUGGCGGGGGAGGGGGAGCAGGCCGCGGCGGGAGAAAGAAGAGAGGAAGGAGGAGGAGGAGCAACCCUUCCCGUCCUCCUCCUUCCCUCUUGCGGGCUCCGCCAGGCGGCCUCCUCCCCCUCCGCCAGCUCCGCCUCGGACAUGGAGAGCUUCCUGGGAGGCCGCAAAGCCGCCCUUCAGGAUCACGUCCUGAGGAACCAAAAGGUCCACGUGGUGAUGGGGAACGAGGCCUGUGACCUGGACUCCAUGGUGUCCGCUUUGGCCCUCGCUUACUUCUUUGCAAAGACCUCCCCGGACUCGAAGGCGGCCUUCAUCCCGGUCCUGAACAUCCCCCGGUCAGAAUUCCCUCUGCGUACGGAGAGCACCUUCCUCCUCAAAGAGCAGCGCAUCGCGGAGAGUUCGCUCGUCUUCCGGGAUGAGAUUGACCUUGCCACCUUGCACCGGGCAGGCCUGCUUUUGCUGACCCUCGUUGACCACCACGUCCUGCCGAGUGGGGACGCGGCGCUGGAGGAGGCGGUAGUUGAGGUGAUCGACCACCGGCCCCUGGAGCGGGAGAGGGGCCCUCCCUGCAGAGUCACGGCAGAGCUGGUGGGUUCGUGCGCCACGCUGGUGACGGAGAGGAUCCUACAGAACCCGGCGCAGGUUUUGGACAGGCAGACAGCAGCUCUCUUGCACGGCACGAUUGUUCUGGACUGUGUCAACAUGUCCCCUGAAGCCGGCAAAGUGACCCCGAAGGACACCCAUUACGCUUCCCUUUUGGAGUCGAAGUUCCGCGAUCUGCCCUCGAGAAGCGUCAUCUUUGAAGCCCUGCAGAGGGCCAAGUUUGAAGUCUCAGGACUCACCACAGACCAGAUGCUGAGGAAGGACCUCAAGGCCCUCUCUGGGGAAAAAGCUGUUAUCGCGCUCAGCGCUGUGUACAUGAACCUACAGGCCUUCCUGCGCCGUUCCGGUUUGGAGCAGGAGCUGUCCGCCUUCUGCCGGCAGAGGAGCUACGACGCCCUGCUUGCCAUGACCAUCUCCUUCAACGAGCAGAACGAGCCGUUCAGGCAGCUCGCUGUGUACAGCCAGCACCCAGAACUCCGGGCAGCGGUGUGCCGAGCUUUGGAAACCUCCAGCAGCCCUUCCCUGAGCCUGUCUCCCCUCGAGAGCCCGUACGCCACUGUCCGAGCCUACCACCAGGCCAACACCACUGCCUCCCGCAAGAAAGUCCUCCCCAUCGUCCGAGACUUCCUGCGGGAGUGGGACCAGCUCGCCCCCGCCGCCAUGCAGCCCGAUGCCACAGGCCCGUGCAGCAAGACGAGGCCGGAGCCCCGAGGCGCCGAAACCUGCGAGCGAGAGCGGGGGGCCGGGGGCCCCAGGAAGGACCCCGCAAAGCCACACCGCCUGGGGGACGACCUGGCCGCGGACGACGACGCCCCACUGCCCCCCACGCCGAUGAACAGCCUGGUGGACGAGUGCCCCCUCGACCGGGGCCUCCCCAAACUGUCGGCGGAGGCCGUCUUCGAAAAGUUCAGCCGCAUCAACGAGGCUCGCUCCUCCGCGGACGACGAGCCGGGGAAGAAGUGACGCCGGACGCCGGGAGGACUCCUUUGAAUCCGGGGAAAUUCUCUAGCAGGGGUGUGUGAAUGUGUUUGUGUGUGUGAACGCACGGACGUGGGGGAACCCAAUGCGCGGCAUGUUUCUCUGCCACGUGGUCCUGCACGCGGAGGAAUGAGAGGCAGCGGGGAAAGGAUUUUUGGCGGGGAGAUGGUUGGACGAAGCAUUUCUCCGGCUCGGGGAGACAGACCUUGAGCACGGCGUCCACUAAUGGCAAAGGCUAGAGACAAAGGAGUACAGAUGCCCGCAGGUAUAAUUUUCUAGAUUGCAGGUAGACCUCUGUCAAUGGGAGUCCCAGGGCAGCUCCGGCUUUUGGAAGGGUUUCGUGUCUGUUCCCCGGUUCGCUCCAGCGUGGCUCCAUCUGCCGUUAGGAGGUUUUGAUCCACGGAGCCCAAGGCUCGUUGAAACGGGGCAAGAGAACGGUCCGGCGAGCUGUUGAUCCGGAGAGAGGCCAUUGUCUCCAGAGGGAUUGGAGACAGGCAUUGCUAUCUGCGGGACAUGCACACACACACGCACCCCGUUUGUCUCACCGUCGCCUCUGGUCCAACAGGUCAGACAGGCUUUUGUGGAAAACCUUCCAGACCUGUUGGACCAGGCCAGAGGGGAAAAUACGACAAGACGUUUAGCCUCCGCGCCGGGGCAGCCGCUGCAGACGCAGAUGAACCGUCACUUCCAGGAGUGCAAGAUUUUGGGCCUGGGGAGGGGUUCACCAAAGACUUCAGCUGCCUCUGUGUGUCUCUCGCAUGCUGUUGUGGAGUGUGUUUGAAAUGGAUUUAAUACACUUUAUAAUGAAUAAAAACAAAGAACCUGCA